CUUGGUAAACAAACGCUGAGCCAAUCGCAGAGAGGCAUUUCGGUCAGCUGACAGCAGCUUCCGGAAGAAGCGUAACGUCAAGUGUUUGUUGUCAAAAUGGCAGGACACGACCAGCACCAGCACCAGCACCACUUCUCUCUGUGCUUCUGCGAUUUAAUGAGGUUGUUGUGGUCCCUGGUUGUGCCCUGCGCCUACCUCAGCCUGCUCCUGACCCUCGUCCUGCUGCUGCUCCUGCUGGGGGUCCGCAUGUGGCUGCGGGGCCGCCGCAAGGCCCGCGGGGCUCAGGACGGCGGCCCCGCGGUGGCUUUCUUCCACCCGUACUGCAACGCCGGAGGAGGCGGCGAGCGGGUCCUCUGGUGCUCCCUGAGGGCCCUCAUGCACCGAUACCCCGGCGUCUCCUUCGUGGUGUACACGGGCGACCAGGGAGUGACCGGCGAGCAGAUUCUGGAGGGAGCCCGACAGCGUUUCAACAUCACACUGCCUCGACCGGUCACCUUCAUCUUCUUGCGUCACCGCGCGCUGGUGGAGGCCAGUUCGUACCCUCACUUCACCCUGCUGGGCCAGAGCGCCGGCUCCAUGUUCCUCGGCUGGGAGGCGCUGACGGCCUUCGUUCCUGACCUGUACGUGGACUCGAUGGGCUACGCCUUCACCCUGCCCAUCUUCCGCUACCUGGGAGGCUGCGAGGUGGCGAGCUACGUUCACUAUCCCACCGUCAGCACCGACAUGCUGUCUGCGGUCAGAGAGAGGAACCCCAGAUUCAACAACGCUGACUUCAUCUCCAGAAACCCGGUGCUGAGCGCCGUCAAGGUGGUGUACUACUGCUGCUUCGCCGUGCUGUACGGCCUGGCCGGCUCCUGCAGCGACGUCAUCAUGGUGAACUCCACCUGGACGCUGGGACACAUCCUGGCUCUGUGGCGCUCUCCCGGCCGCACCAGCAUCGUCUACCCGCCCUGCGACGUCAGGGCCUUCCUGGACGUCCCGCUGGAGGAGGAGGACGAAGAAGAUGAGGUGGAGGAAGGCUGGGAGGAGCUCGGACGGGAGCUGGGGAGUGGAGAGGAAGAGGAAGCGGCGGGAGGAGGGGACAGGAAGUGCCACUCCAUCGUGUCGGUGGGUCAGUUCCGACCGGAGAAGGACCACCGGCUGCAGAUUCGGGCGUUUCACAAACUGCUGGACAGGAAAGAGAAGGGGCCGGGGGGGCCAGGGGGGCGGGAGUCUCUGCGGCUGGUGCUGAUUGGCGGGUGUAGGAACCAGGAGGACGAGGAGAGGGUGCUGAUGCUGCGGGGGCUCUGCCAGGAGCUGGGUGUGUCCGACCGCGUCGACUUCAAACUCAACGUGCCCUUUGAAGAGCUGAAGAGAGAGCUGGUGGACGCCACCAUCGGUCUGCACACCAUGUGGAACGAACACUUUGGCAUAGGUGUGGUGGAGUGUAUGGCUGCAGGCACCAUCGUUCUCGCUCAUAAGUCUGGAGGUCCGAAGCUGGACAUCGUGGUGCCGUACGAGGGCGGACAGACGGGCUUCCUGGCCGACAGUGAGGACAGCUACGCCGCUGCCAUGGAAACCAUUCUGGCGCUGUCUCCGUCAGCCAGACUGGAGAUCCGACGUAACGGCCGGCGGUCCGUGGAGCGAUUCUCCGACCAGGAGUUCGAGGCUUGUUUCCUCGCCGCCACCGAGCCUCUGAUGAGUAAACUGGAGCGAUGAGGAGGAGCAGACGAGGCCUGGUGUCCGCCAGAUAUACGGGGGGGGAAGCAGCGAGGGUCAUAUCUACGUUUAAAACAAGCUACGCUUCCAGCGCUGUCAGUAAAGUGUGACAGCGACUCGUUCCCAAUUUAAAACAACAGAAAAAGAAUCCGACAUUUUAAAGACAGAUUCCUGGCGGACACCCCGAGCUAAGAUUGUCCUUCUUAUCCACUGCGAUGAAUCGGCGAAAACAGAAAAAUACAGGACGUUUCCAGUGACUCUGCAUGUGUCAAACUCACGUGAGUGUGUAAGUCGUCGGGAGAGCCGGAAGCACGGCGACGGAGGAUCGGCAGACGCCCGCGAUGUUUCCUUAACAGCGCCGAUUGGCUUCGAGUAUCUAAACAUGUUGAGUUUCAGCGUUGUGCUAGCAAACCAAAGCAAAGCGCUAAUGCUGCAAUUCACGUUUAGAAGUUCCAGCGGCCGAGCUCGGAGAAGCAGAUGAUCGAUGUGCAACUUCAAUUGUAAAAACAUAAAAGUCACACCGUGUUCACCAUUAAACUGUCAGUGUGAAUGUGUUGAUGUGGCGUUGGGUGAAAAAAAGACCUCGAGGUUCAGGAAACUUAGCGUUUAAUCAGAGUUACAAGUGGAAAUGCUUUGAGAUUGUGAGACUAGCUUGCUUGUUUUCUUAGUCGGAUGAGAAUAUUAUCGGUGAUAUUUGCUGCAGGAACUGUUGAGCUUAGCUUAGCACAAAGGCUGAAAGCAGGAAACUGCGUAAAAAGAGGAAAGGUAUGAUUUCCAUCUGUUCCAAAGUUCUCUUCUUUACAUGUUUUAUCUUGUUAGCUAGCAAGCUAAUGACCAAUACAUCCAGGAAUCACAUGGGUUUUGUUCAGAGGUACAAAAAUACACACAGCCAGAAUCUUAACUUCAUAACAGUCGAGAGUUUAUAGCUGCGUUAACAAAAGGUCAAGUUUCCAUCCAAAUUUAGCACAAAUUAUAACUGAAUUUCCAUAAAAUCUGCAGAAACGAGAGCAAAAUAAUGCUUGUUUCCAUCCACAACUGUUGUUGUGAGAACACGAGCUGAUUGGCUGAUGGAGGUGAACAGCUGGUGGAGCCGAUCCUCCAGCCGCUGCCGUUAAAGCAUCGCAGAAGAAGAGGACGCAGCGAGACGAUGUCAUUAAAAGCUCAGACGAUGGAAACAUGAUGGAAACGUCAUGUUUCUGUUGGUUUCAUGUGUUCAUGUGAGGAAGGCUCCAGCCUCCUCAUCGCUCCACACACAGCUGAUGCUCUCAGCUCUUCAUGACGUCAGCAGUUAUUCACCCAGUCUGCUUCCUGUUUGGUUUAAACUUGUUUGCGAUAUUUAGACUUUUUGUUUGAAGAUUUUUUUUGAUAAAACAUAUGAAACUGGAUGGAAACUGCUCGUUAAACUACACGCUCUCACUUCCUGUUUCUGCAUGUUGAAGUACACGAGAUACAACAUGUAAAUCUGACAGCUUUGGACCAUUCCUUCUCUUCUGAUUACGCUAGGCUAGCAGUUUCCCCCUGCUUCCACUGUUUGUGCUAAGCUAGCUGACAGCAAAGAAGCACGUUUCCCAAAAUGUUCAUUUUAAGGCGUUUCAUUAUAUUUAGAGUUACAUUCCAAACUGAGCUACAGCUUUUCAUUCGACACCGCGGACGGCCACGCAACGUUUGCUAGUGUGGAGUUAUAUAUUAAUACUGGAGUGAUUUUUGUUAUGAUGACAGUUUCGUCUGUUUUUCAAUUACCGACUGAUUCCUAAAUAGAUGUAAAGAGCUUCGCAAUGUUAUUUUUCUGUGUCGACGAAGUUAAAUGAAGACUUUUCUUUUGAUGUUUUGUGUUUUAAACCACGUGUUUGGGUUAAGGUGAUGGCCAAUUAUUUAAAUGUUGUUUCACUUCCUGCAUUCCUGUUUGUGAUGGGGUCCAGGCACGGAAAGAUGAUACAUGAAAAUACUGAAGAAUCUUUACUUUGAAAGAGGCGUUAUUACUAUUUAAGUCCGUCCACGUAGAGAGGAUGUUCUGAGUUUGUUUCACUGAGAAACUGAAAUUACACAAUUCUGUAAUAAAUGCAAUCAUCAAACA